AUGCCCUUGACGACACCUGAUGACAACACCGGUAGGACCCUAGUUGUUACUCAUCAACAGUCCCUGUGUCUGCUGGAUGUGACAGAGGAUGAAAGGCUGGGGCGCCUUCAACAGCGCCAUGUUGGGCAGAGCAUCCGAAGGCUCACCACCUCUGUGGUCCGGAGGAGCCACUAUGAGGAGGGCCCUGGGAAGAAUUUGCCAUUUUCUGUGGAAAACAAGUGGCGGUUACUGGUUAUGAUGACCAUGUUCUUUGGGUCUGGAUUUGCUGCACCUUUCUUUAUAGUAAGACACCAACUGCUUCAGAAAUAG